ACGUCACCGGCUGUGUGUUCCUGUGUGUGAGAGACCCAUGUGAGAGGAGCUGUGUGCUACAACACGGAGUGUGUGAGUGUAAAAGACACCGAGUUACAGCAGAGACAGUAAGACCGAGGAACACUGAGACAGAGGGACAGUGAGACGGAGACAUGGUGGCGGCGAUGAAAAAGCAGAAGAAGAAGAAGCCGAGCUUCCGCAAGCUGCUGAAGACCAGUAAUGUUAAGCUGGAGAACAAGUCGAAGAACCGGCAGUUCAAGCAGCAGAACACGGCCAAGAAGCAGCGCAAGGAGCAGAGGAAGCUUCGGCAGGCCCUGAGCGGCGCGUCCCAGCGGACUGUGCUGCCUUUAGAGCGCUACGAGAAGAAGCCAGAGGAGGAAGAUGAGGAGGAGUUCCUGGAGUCGCUGCCCACUGAUAUGAUGGAGGAGGAGGACCUGGAGGAGUUCAAAGCGAUGGCUCAGAAAGCCUCGUUCCUCACGAGAGACCUUUCGUCCUGCGCUCCUGCUCACGCCAAAAAGCGCAAGUCGGACCAGACGUUGGAAAAUUACGAGAAGAUCCCCAGGAAGUUAAAACAAGAGGACGAGAAGGAGGUCAUUCACCUGCUGCCGAUCAAAGACAAGCGAGGCCUGAUCCCUCAAACCAUGGAAAAGCCAGUGGUGCGGAAAGCUGACGAGGAGGACGAGCAGGGGGAAGAGAACGAUGAAGAUGAGACAGACGAAGCAACAGAAGAAGCUAACAGCUUCCUGUCACUGACUGCAGAAGAACAGAUGAAGCUUCGUAUGCAGAAGCUGGUGGAGAGGAAACAGCGCAUUGCGAUCUUGGGAUCAGUCAUUCUAGCGGAUCCAAAUGCUAACAUCAAGAAGCUGAAGGAGCUGCGUGGCAUGAUGGUGGAGACGGACCCAUGCGUGGGUGUCACAGUCAGGAAGCUGGUCAUGGUCUCACUUAUGGAGAUCUUCAAGGACAUAGUGCCCUCCUACAGGAUCCGUCCUCUGACUGAAGAAGAAAAAAACACCAAGGUAAAAAAGGAGACGCAGCAGCUGAGGGAGUUCGAGGAGGGGCUUGUAAGUCAGUAUAAGUUUUACUUGGAGAAUCUCGAGCAGACCGUCAAAGACUGGAAGCAAAAGAAGCUGAAGGGCAGUCAAUCCGUGGCUCUGGCUUCUUAUAAAGGCCUGGCUGAAGUGGCCAUCAGGUGUCUGUGUGAGCUGCUGGUGGCUCUGCCGCACUUCAACUUUCACAACAACAUCAUCGUUGCCGUGGUGGGGCUCAUGAACGAACCGUCCAAGAAGGUCUCAGCAAUGUGCUGUGAAGCAGUCAGGAAUCUGCUGAAGCAGGACAAGCUGGGACAAGCGUCACUAGCCACAGUCAGAGUCAUCUCAGGAAUGGUCAAAGGCAGGAACUUCAAAGUCAAACCAGAGGUCCUUAACACGCUGCUGUGCCUAAGGAUAAAAGAGGUGGACAUAAAAAAGGACACAGAAGACCUGGCCCCCAAACAGAAGUUCAUGAACUUCAAAGAGAAGCAGAAGAAUCUGUCCAGAAUGAAGAGGAAGUGGAAGAAAGCUGAGGAGAAACUCCAAAAAGAGCUAAUGGAGACUGAAGCGGCUGAGAGCAAGGACAAGAAACUCAAGAUGCACACAGAGACUCUUAACAUCGUAUUCCUGAUCUACUUCAGAAUACUAAAGAAAGCCCAGAAAUCCAUCUUACUUCCCUCUGUUUUAGAAGGUUUAGCAAAGUUUGCUCAUCUGAUAAACUUGGAGUUCUUUGAUGAUCUGCUGAAGGUUCUUCAUGAUCUUAUUAUGUCCGGUGAUCUGUCACACCGAGAGAGUCUCCACUGCAUCCUCACAGCGUUCCACAUCCUCUCAGGUCAAGGUGACGUCCUCAAUAUCGAUCCGCUGAAAUUCUACACACACUUGUAUAAAACCCUGCUCACGCUGCACGCAGGCUCGUCAAACGAGGACACGGGGAUCGUGCUACAGUGUGUGGACGUGAUGCUGAGUAAGCGCAGGAAGCAGGUCAGCUUGCACAGAGCCAUGGCUUUCCUCAAGAGACUCGGCACUCUCGCUCUGCACGUGAUGCCCGACUCGUGCGUGGGCAUCUUGGCGGCUAACAGGGCACUUAUACACACGUUCCCAAAGUGUGACAUCAUGCUGGAUAACGACAUGCAGGGCAGUGGCGUCUACCUGCCUGAGCUGGAUGAGCCAGAAUACUGCAACCCCCAGAACACCUGCCUGUGGGAGCUGCACGCACUCAAGAGACACUACCACCCUAUGGUAAAGAAAUUCGCCAGUCAUCUGCUGGUUGGAGCUCCGAGUGAAGGCGCCGGUGCACUAAAUUUAGAACUGAGCAGAAGAGCCGCCGUGCAGCUGUUUGAGGAUUACAGCGUGAAGGACAUGGCCUUUAACCCGCCAGUUGCAGGACCAUCCAGGAAGAAGGAACAUUUCACGAUCGGCGAGGCGUUCCUGGACUCCGGAUUGAAAGCGCAGAUUGAUGCAGCUCUGCAGGAGGACCAGCAAAAGCGAGACACACUGGACUUUGCUGCACAUUUUCCACAAAAGCCAGUGAACCUGUUGUAACUGUAAAUACAUCUGUAAUACCAUAUUUUAUAUCUGUGCAUUUCUAAUUAAAACAAACAUAUUUGUUUAAGUGGCUUUUCAA